CUUUUCCUUAUAUGGUGUCAAAAAGACACUAGGACAAUUUUUUGCACUCUCUUACUUGGGGUGCUGGAGUUAAUGUUUUCAAGCCAACAAUUGAAGACCAAUAAUUCAGAUUUAUUUUCUCUAUUUCAAGGCCUCUAUUAACAGUUCAGAGUGGAUUUUGUUGAAUGAAACCGGUGCAAUGAUCUAGAACCGUUAUACUCUGCAUGCGGUGCUAACUGUUAGUCCAGUUGCUGUUAAUUAACAGCUAGCUGUGACCUGGGAGCAUUGACAGUCGGGGACAGUCAUGAUGCUCGCAAUGCUGUCUGUCGUGCUGGCCACUGCCCUCCUAUGUCCUGGAGCCAUUUCGCUGUCGGCUGACAACACAUCUCUCACCCAGUUCAACAAUCAAACAGCUGUCUCUCACAGAGAUUCCAGGGUGUUUUUCCUGUUCCCACUGUUUACUCCAUUCCGUCGCCGAGCGUGUCUGGCUGGUACUGCUCUCAGUCAACGUGGGGUAUGUCACACAGCCUAUCAGUGUACACUACGUGGUGGCAUAGCCUCCGGAUCUUGUGCCAAUGGCCGUGGUGUCUGCUGUGUCUUCCAGUACUCGUGUGAUGGAGUAUCAAAUGCUAACAACUACACUUACUUUACCAGCCCUGGCUACCCUUCUGUGUAUGCUGGAGGAUCCAGGUGUACCAUCACACUCACUAGAGCCAACUACUCAGUUUGUCAGAUUCGGGUAAACAUGCUGGAGUUCUCUCUUGCUCCGCCAGCUUAUGAUGGAACUUGCAGCAAUGACUUCAUGUCUACAAGCGCCUCUAACAUUCGCAUCUGUGGGGAAAAUAGAGGACAGCAUAUAUUUGUGGACUUCCUGUCUGGAACUACUUUCACCCUGUCUAUAGAUACUAGCACAGCCUACACAUUUGACAGGACAUGGUACUUGGAAUUGGUACAGAUACCUUGUUCUAAUGGAGUGCCACUGGGAUGCAGACAAUACUAUAACACCACCUCGGGUGUAGUGUCCAGUUUUAACUAUGCAGCUACUGCUUCUACUUCAGUGAACCCUGUUGAUGGAUCGCCUGGGAAUAGACAGAUUGCUGGACUCAACUACGGAGUCUGUAUCAGGCCAGUGGCUGGCUAUUGCAGCAUAGAGUGGUCUGCUAACACUGCAAGUCUCUACUCUUUCACUGUGUCUGGAGAUACAAACUCACUGGAUACCACAGUCUUAGGGACAGCAACUGCCGCUGUGACAGGGUCUAACUGCACCACCAAUUUCGUCGUGAUUCCCAGUCCCUCUCAAGCUGGCGUCAGGCUACCCUAUGACAGGUUCUGUGGCAACGGUUUUGUCACAACAACAUCAACAGGAAUGCCCUACACAUUGUAUGUGACCACAGCAGCAGUGUCUACCACAUCAACAGCAGUUGACAUUGACAAUAGAGGGUUCUCUCUCAACUACCGCCUACUACCUUGUUAACCAAUACAACAUUUGUUUUUUAAUCUGC